AGCUUCAAGCAGCAUGCUUCGGAGUCAGACGAAGAACGUGUGCAGCAAAUUAUGGAGAGAGCGUUGCUAGACGCCAAGUGGGUAAUACAAAAGUAUAAUCAACCAGGCAGUACUCCAGUGCCAAAAUAAUAAAUUGAUAUACAUUGUAACAUAUAUGCAAAUAUUAGUAUAUUAUUAGAUAGAAAAAUGGACUUUGAACAGAUUGCUAGUGAGAGCACUAAUAGCAGUGCCUCACAGUUUUGGAAGGCCGUUGCAAUCUGGAUGAGGAAUCCUCAUGUUGUGAACCGUAGGAUCUUAGCAGCGCAAGAGUUACUAGCAAUCAAUGUUAAUUGUAACGUUCUGGAUAUCUUUGCGCAUAUUAAGAAGCUGCGGAUCCAAUCGAAUGAUUUUGAGUGCGAUUUAUCCUUAAAGGACAUAAAACAUUUAUUAAACACGUUAAAUAUCAUGGAAUAUUAUCAACCACAUGAAUCCAUCAACCCAAUUGAAGCGUCGGACGAAGACAAAGCUUCUUAUUUGUACGUGAGAAAGUUACUGCCUCGCACUACCCAAAUGUUCUCGUCUGCGUUGGAAUUCGUAUUCGUCGAUAAAAGAUCUGCCAGCAUCACUUGUUUCUAUAAGCCAAUUGUUCAAGACAAACAGCCUCUGGGUCCAAGCAUGGCAUACAGCGUACAGCAUCACGAGUACAAUUCCACGUGCAUAAGUAUACAUAAAUCGGAUAACAAAGAUUGCAGCAAGAGUCACGUCUGGCUCAAGUCCAAGUUCUUCCCACGUUUGAUAAAGUGGAUGGGAAGUGAGAGUAAGAGCAGUGGCCCAAAAAUUAAUUCUCUUAACCUUGUGUCUGUAGAAAGGUACACCUUGUUGUAUAAUCGACUGAAAGAGAGAUACGGCACGGAAAUGGUGAAGAUGUGGCCAGAGAACACGGAUCCAGCUAAGUUCGUUUACGAGGACGUCGCAAUCGCGACUUACCUGCUGUUACUGUGGGAGAAGGAGAGGCUGGAAAAAGAUAUGCGGAAACUGCAAUCGUUUGUCGAUCUGGGCUGUGGAAAUGGUCUCCUCGUCUACAUUUUGUCCAGCGAAGGUCACAGAGGAAUGGGGAUUGAUUUGCGCAAAAGGAAAAUUUGGGAUCUGUUUCCAGAAAACACUUGUUUGCAAGUCAGCACGAUUGUUCCGUCUUCGGAUACCGUCUUCCCAGAAACGGAUUGGAUCAUAGGGAAUCACUCGGACGAGCUGACACCGUGGAUUCCCGUGAUUGCCGCACGCAGUUCCCACGAGUGCCGGUUUUUCUUGUUGCCGUGCUGCGCUUACGAGUUCGAUGGCAGGAAAUAUCGGCGGGACAAUGCCGCUGAAAGCCAGUAUUCGGAGUAUAUGUCCUACAUUAGAAACGUGUGCGAAGACUGUGGCUUUUACACAUUGGUGGAUAGAUUACGCAUUCCGUCAACCAAGCGCACCUGUUUCGUCGGUUGGAAGCGGACCUACGCAAAGGAGGAUACUGCGACACGGGACGCAGACAUCCGGAGGAUCAUAAAUGCGAGAUCAGCGACGACACUUCCAAAGGAGACCGUGGAGACCGAAACGAAGGAAGAUUUGUGGUCCACCAGCUUCAAACCAAGGAGCACGACGGAGCAAACGAGGAAUUGCACGCAGCUGGAUAGAGGAUUGGUUCUCGACAUAGUCAAUACUGUCACGGCACAUCUCUUACGCACUGGCCGCAGGAUAUCGCUGGAGCGGAGACCUGGUGAAACGUGGAACGCUGGUGGACAAAUCAGCAUUGGCGACGUGGCCAAGCUGGUAGCGCCCGAAAUGCUGCGUCAGCUGCGAAACGAAUGUGGCGGAUUGCAGACGCUGUUGAAGAACCAUAAUCACAUCUUCUGCGUCGUCCAGGGCAAGGUGCAAUUUAGGAUUCCCGGCAGUAGCGCUGCUGGCAAAAGAAAGAGAAAGAGGGGAAACGGUUGCGCGCCUAGGAAAGUGAAGCUCUGCUGGUUCCACGAGAAUCAUCCUGACGGGUGUCCCGUUCCUGAAAUCGACUGCGACUUUCUGCACUGAGAUUCCUUCGUUGCUUGUCAUUUUGUAUUACAGUUGUUUUAUUCAUAUUCAAGAGGAGCCUACUAGGUGAUGUAUAUAACAAUGCGCUUUAUUUUAAAUAAAAGAAGGUAAAAUA